UCCCCGACGGACGACGACUGGGGUCCGCACGACUCGCAACAAAUGCCCGGCGCCGAUGAUAAAGACCAACAAGAGUUGCAGCCCCGGGAUGAGCAAAUCAGUCAACAAUCAGAUGAACAACAAAAGGGAGACAAUAAUGGGUCCGAAGACCAGCGCCAGGAGGACACCAAGUCUGCCUCCCGGAGCCCGCCCUCUAAGUCGGCGACCAAAGCGCCCAAAACUACUGCCCCGAAGACCACUGCGAAACCCAAACCCAAGUCUAGCAAAAAGCCGGACCAGAAAUCUAAGGCACCCGUGAAGUCAAAGCCCACGCCUUCACCGCCGAAGAAGACAAAGACCGCGCCUAAGAAACAACAACAACAGACCACCACUACUACUGCCACCACUAGUUCGCCGAUCACUGCCCUGACCUCCGAGAGCGACGAUAAUGAGGAUCAGAAACAGACGGACAGCACCGCCACUACUACUGAGCCGUCGGCCGCUGAGACCACCGAACCGGACGCCGAGGCCGUCACCACUGAGCCCAAGACGGACGAUACCGACGAGUCGGACACUGAGUCCCAGAAGAUUAGUCAACAAAAGGAUACCGACGAUGACGUCCCGCCGCCGGCCGACGACGACUGCCAGUGCUCUCCA